GAUUUCAGAAUGAAGAGCAUGGGAACGUCGAAGCCUUGGAAACGCGACGGAAGGUGAAGGCUGGAGUCUGAAGGCCAAAACGAGAACCAGACAAAAAGGGCCUUCUUCCUCCUCCCCGUUACAAAGCGCAAAGGAGGAUGAGGAGGAAGACGCGGAGGAAGGCGCGGAGGACGGAGAGGAGAAGGAGGAUGGAUUGAAGCGUUCCCAAUGGCGGCCACUUGACAAGACCUAUUCAAGGUGAAUCGAAGCGAGAAGGCCUGCUUACUCGAACCACUACGAAGGAGGGACAGAGUACAUUCCUGUCCUGUCGUAGUUCGAGGUUGAGCAAAAGCGUCGAGCCAGUGAUCCACUCUUCAUCUUAGGAUAGGAUACUAGAAUAGCUCGGCUGACCCAACCAAGAAUUUCCUGUUCGUUCUCACAACUUUGGCCGGCGGCCAUCCAACAACAAGCUGAGAGUGGUGGUUGUGGUACUACAUAGAAGACAGGCGCCUAUCAUCAAUACCAAGACCACGUAACAGGACCAGAAGUGUGUACACUGUACAUACACAUUCAGCCAGUCGUGGUUCUUGUUCGCUCUUCUUUUUCUCGGGUCUACGCCUUCAACAAGAAUAGAGGAGAAAAGAAAAGAACGAGAGGGAGAUUGUUGCCAUCCUUUCCAGUUCCAAUAGGCUUCCUGAUCUUGAGAAGAAUAAGUGUGCCUCCUCAUUCUCACCCUCUUCACCAUCCUCCUCAUGUUCAUCGUUCUUGCAAUCGCUCUGUUUCUGGAAGUGAUGUGGGUCGAUGAGGGACCUCGUUAGCCAACCUCUCGUCACCGGGAUAUGAAGAUUGGAGCUAAUUGACAACAAGUCAGCCGAAAGUGAUCCACUAAGCCCCGCUCGAGCCGUCAACAAAUUAAGAUCACAAUACAAUAUCAGAUCGGAUGAGGACACCGGUUUGGCUAAAGAGUGUCUGAAGAACAUUGGACAUAAUUGGAUCAUCCCCUAUCAGACUUAUCCUCGCGUAUCCAUUGUCCAGUCAAUGGUGGUGAAAGUGGCGGGACUCACGGCGGUGGUGGUGGCGAUAUCAACCAAAGCAACAUCGGUAACCGCAUCAGUGGUCGAAAAUACGUGACGAAGAAGCAUCUAGUCAUAUCUUGUGGGACCUGAGUGGAACUUUGCACCAAGUGAUUAAUCACAGUGCCUCCUUGGCGUGCCGAUAAGAGCCGACAAGAGCCAGCCGAAACCCAAAGUCGCGGGUGUGCCAUGAUUCCAAGCAAAUAAAUCUCGUCAACCAUGAUGUAAACCAAUAAGGGAGGAUUGUCGGUGGAUCAACAAACAAGGGCCAACCAGUCAGCCAAUAAGCAAGCCAGCACUGCUACCUCUUGUGUUACAACAACAACAACUGAUACGCUGUGUUAGAGUCCGUUUCGUCCACGUCCCAACAAAUUAUCAAAACCCACGACGAAGCACAAAAAGAGCGAGGCCCAAUCCAAGAGGAUCGAUCGACCGAGGAGAUAGACCCCCGCCACCCCACCUCACCUGAGGCAUUUGAGAAUGCCCUUUUUCCAUCACUUUCUCUCCGAAUCCUUGGCCAACAAUCAACAGUGUUGCCAAACCACCAACAUGUCACAACCCACCGCCAUUAGCCAACAACGGCCAAAUAACAAUGGUAUGAUCAAACAACUCAAAUGUGGAUAUCUACUUCACUACAAGAAGAAACUAUUCGGGAAAGCUUGGCGCGAGGAAUUCGUUGUCCUCUACGAGGACAGCUCAGUUAUUUGGUUCCGUGAUCGGGAUCGAUUGGACCCCGAGGGCGGCGUUUUUCUUCGAGAUGCGCCCGAAUUGCUUGCCGCAGGACAAUGGGUCUCACGUGUUCCAGUCAAGCCCGAACUUCCCUCGGGUUGUGAUAUCAAACUUGCCAUUGCUAUGGGAUCCAGACAUCGUGAUAAAAUACAAUGGUUUCUGUGCAAAUCUGAGGCCGAGCUCGUGGAAUGGAUGUCUGCCAUCAAUAAAACAUUGCCUCAACCUCCUCCCCCUCCCGAGGAAAUGAGGACUCUCAGCCGGUCCACGGGGUCCAAAGGGAAGGAAAUGUUGCCAACCGCUACCCACGAGGACCUUCCACCGUUCAUCCUGCCACCGCCCCCUCCGCCCCCUCAACUAGUUUUGACCUCCACUGGAUGUCGAGAUUGCGACGCAGACAAACUGGCCCAACGGUUCGAUCGGAUGGCGUUGAACAACGCCACCAACAAUGGGCGGUCCGCCACUCAAGGCUUCACUGAUCACACUCGAAGUUUCUCAGCGGGCAGACUCAACGCCAUUAAGCGGGACGGCAGCGGAAGCAACGGCACUUCCACGCCCAAAUUGCUGCCCAAACCCAUGACACGACAGCUGUCGUUUCAAGACAAUGACACGUGUUCGCCCAAUCGAAGUAAAGGUAGCUUUACGAAUGUGGCUGCAGGCGUCUUGAUCGGAGGCGUGCUUACCCAAUGGAACACAGGUCCGGAUUGUUGGGACUGGGGCAUGGGAUGGGGCUGGACUGGGUGGAAUGCGGCAUUUUGCGGCACUUGUGCCAUGGAACAAGCCGUCUUAGCUAACCAUGGCAUCCUUCAGCCGCAUCUGACGACUGCUCCUCCCACCACGGGCAUUCAGGGCUCUCAUCCUGGGGACUCGAAUGCGGCCCACUUCUAUUUUGAUGGAGACCAGGACAUUGGCGAAUUGGGCGAGACCGAUGUGGAUUGCGAUUUCGGCGACUUUGGCUUCUGAGUCAAUGUUUUAGCCGCGUUCAAUUGAAUUGGCCAAGUGUUGAUGUUCCCUUCAUAACCGAUGCAUUGAGGUUGCAUCAACCUUUGAGGUAGCUUUGAGGGUAGGAGGAUCGGUAUCCUUCCAGAUUUCAUUGUGGUGUUUUGUAGCAUAUUCAACAAGAAGACGACAUUAAAGGAUGAGAAACUUCGUAGUUCACACCAUACCAUCAGCAAAGGAACCCCCAAUUAGCCCCAGUGUCGUAAUCAAUGUUUCGUUUGUGUCAAUUGAAAAUGGUCACACGAUUAUGAAUCGAAUGAAGUUAGAGCCAAGGAUGUGUUAGCAAUGAGUCUAUGGAGAAAAAGUCUGUACAUUUGGUAUCAUCAUUGUUGAAAGUAGCGUUAAGAAAUAAAUGGUCCUCAAUGUUGGCUGGAACAAUAGUGUUGUACAAAAGUGGGCAGUGUAUCACUCAAAUUUAUACAUAAAGUAUACAGAACGAGGCGAGUUCCUCUCAAAAGCGGUCCUCGCCAUCCAAGAAUGGAGUAUUUGCUAGCACCCAAUGGCUAACUAAACCGGGCGGUCCUCGCCCAAGUAGAUCUUCUUCACCUCG